CUUCCACUGUGACAAACUCGUAGUCUUCUGGGACACUUGGUCUCUUUCAUCCAUUCUCCUGUUAGCCUGAUUGUCAACAACAUCGUAUCAUGCAAGGAUUUUCACGAUAGUUUUGACAACCACCUGUGUUAGUUUGACUUCCGACCUGUGCUGAAAAGAUCACAACCUUUACUUCUCUAUUUUACUUCAGAAGAUGAAGUAUUACAUAUCUAAUCUCCAUGGUAACAGAGAUUCAAUGAUUUUCAUUACGUUUACACGCUACAUUGUAUAUGCCUAGUCUUUGUGUAUAACAGACAAAACAAAGAUAAACUAUUAAUCAUGGCAUCUCCAAGGAGACGUCUUGGAUCACCAAGAACUAUAAACAGUGUUUAUCAAAAGACGAAAUUUCCUCCGUUGUCAAGGAAAUCAUUGUCCGAGCAGCGGUGUCAAAGGGGACAUCAUAAUGGUCUGCAAGAUGCUUUACAGAUUACGGGUAUUGAAACGGAAACACCUGAACCAGCAUCAUCAAGAACAGCGAGUUCUUCAUCUAGAAUUGAGAUCAGUUCUGCUAAGUUAGAAGAAUUAAAGGAUUUACAGGUAAGAGAGAAGCAGUAUAAAAAUAAAUUAUCAUCACUUCAAAAACUUAUAGAACAAUUAAGAGCUGAAUUAAAAGUCAAGCAAGAAGAAAUUGAUAAUCUUAUUUUAAAGAUGGCUGAAGUUGAACAAAAAUAUAAACAGUUGUUUGAAGGGGAACAGGUGGAGCAUGAAAAAACAAAGACAGCUCUGUCUGAAGCACUGAAGUUAGUCAAAGAAAAAGAGAGUAUUCUAAAUGAGAUGAAGAAAGCACAUGAUGUUAAACUUAAAGAUCUAACUUUUAUGUAUGAAAAGCGCUUGGCUGACCUUCGUGCUGAGAAGGACAAAGAAAUUGCUCUAAGAGAUACAAAGCUACAUGGGCUGAAAAUGAAAAUGGCUGAUGCACUAAAAGACAAUUCUUGGGAGAGACAGCAACAGUUGGAAGAGCUGAGUAAAGAACUUAACAGGAUAAAUGAGGAAUGCAGACUUCUGAAAUCAAAGAUGAGAGCUUUAAAAGUUAGAGAUGAAAACUGUCAGAAUUGUCAAGAUCUUUUGAAACAAGUCGAACAUAAGAGAACCACAAUUGAGAACCAAGAAGCCACAAUUAAACAACUAGCAACAUUAUGCAAAAAAUUUGAACUUCAGUUAACACAACAGGACGACCUUUUGAAGCAGUGGGCAGACAGCAAAGGUUAUAAAAUUGGGACUGUACCAAACAAAAGAUGAACAUAUUACAAGGGUCCAAGUUGUUCCUCUGAAAAAUCAUGGGAAUUCUCAUUUGAGGAAUAUUUUAAUCCUGUUUGUUUCCAUAGGAAGAGUUUAUAAUACUUGCCAAGAAGGUACAGAAACACUGAUAACAAGUUCACUUAUUACAAGUCACUGAUGAUGACGACCAGCGCUGAUAACGUCAUAAACUAUGAUGAACAGUCACAGCUGAUGAUAACAAGUUACAACUAAUGAUGACCAAAACAUCAGUAUGGUUACCAUACAGUACAGUAUAAUUUGAGCUAGUCACAACUGAUGGUU